AUGUGUGACCAUAAGCACAGCGGAGAUUGUUCUCAUGAAGCUGAGGCGAUCGGAACGGCGCAGGAAGGAACCCGAUACGAUUUGAGGAAUUAUAUUGACUUUGACAAGGUUUUAACUCGAUAAAAAGGCAUUCAUGAAUUUUGCAACCUUUUUACUCUGAAUUUUCAGCAUAUUCAAGAAAUUUAGGCUCGAAAUUCAUUAAGUCUGUGGAAAAUCGUAGUUAGAAUGUUUUAAAGCGCUUGGAAACCUUUAAAAAACACUGGAAACGGCUUUUCGCCUCGAGACCUUUGUGAAAUUCGCCUAUGCUCCUUUGAAAACCCUUUUAAAAUCAGGCUAUGCUCCUUUAAAUAACUUGAGGAAGGAUUUUCGGACAGUCUGUAUGUCUUGAAGUAGGUUUUAUCCCGAGCUUUCGAGACCUAAAAGUUCUCGAAUACUUGCAAAAUCUGAUGCAUUUAAAAAAUGCAUUUAAAACGGCUUUUCGUCUUGAGACCUUUGUGAAAAUAGGCUAUGCUCCUUUAUAUACCUUAUCAAUGAUUUUUGAUCGUGAAAUUUCGAGGACUAUGAAAAUUUCAGUUGAACGUUCUGAACGAGGUCACCGAUGGCAGCGGCAAAUCGGUGUUCAAGACGAUGGAGGGGAAAAACGAUCGGUCCGUUUGUCCUUAUCGACCAUUUAUCUUGCCGAUUUGAUUGAUUAGUGAUAAGAGUAGAGAAUUACAGGGUGAAGAUGUGAAUGGAUUUGUUGUAUUAUCUUCGGGGGAUGUUAAUGUACAGGUUUUCAGAAAUUGGAAAACAAUUUCACGAAUAUUAAAAUUUUCUUUGUUUGUUGAAUUCUCGUGGAGCUUCAGUUGAAAAACAAUCACAACGAAAAAAAAAAUUGAUCCUGAAAUUUUUAUCAGUAAAUCCUCCAGAGGUAAGUGCGCUCCACCGCAAUCGGCUCCCAAUUUUUGAUUUUUGGCGCGCCCCAAAAUUUUGUUUUUUUUUUCAUUCUUCUUUUCAUUUUAUUCAUUGUUUAUUUCUGUUAUUGAUGAGUUCAGGACAAUUAUUAAAUAUUACGCGAAAGCUCAUGUAUAGAUUUCUAACGGCUUAAAAAUUAGACACCAACAAAAUGGCAAUUGAAAACAUACAAUUUUCUUCUUAUUUUUAAUCAACGAGGAAGUUCAAUUUGAAUAGCUCUCGCAGUGAUUUUUCAUAGGCCAUUCCGCGCUAGCUGAAAAAAAGAAACAAAAACAAAAGCAAAUUUUCGUGAAGCGAAGUUGGUCGAAUUUGAUCUAUUUUGGUAUACGGUUUUUUUGGCGGAAAGAAAAACGUGACAAGCUGGCGCGGAAUCGGCUAUUUAUAUCCAUUUUUUUAAUGCAUGAGAAUUUUUUUUAUUCCCCUUCUGCUCAAAAUUAUUUAUCGUGAAAAAUCAAUUUUCACAAAAACGGUUCAACAGAUCGACGUUCGUCGAGAGCGACUGCGACGAGGAGUUGUUGUUCAACAUCCCGUUCACGGGCCACGUUCGCAUCAACGGAAUCGUCAUCUCCGGUGACGAAAACGAGUCGCAUCCGGCUAGAGUGCGCCUUUUCAAAGAUCGCGAAGCGGUUAGUAGGAAUUUCAUUGGAAAUUACGAUGAAAUUUCCUAUAAGAUGGUAAUUUCAGUUGUCUUUUGAUGAUUGCCGAGUUGAGGCUGACCAGGAGAUCGACUUGAAAAUGGAUGCAAAUGGUUUGUUUUGAAUAAUAUAUUUUAAAAAUACAUAAAGUUCAACUGAUCGAAUAUAUCUAGCGAAUGGGUGAACGGAUUUCAAAUAGGAAGUUGAAAUGGAAAAAUUAGAAAAAUUAGUUUAAAAAUUUCCGUGAGGAUCAACUUCUGUCGGUCAGCGCAAUUUUUCUUUUUUUGUUCGGGAAGUUGCGUGAUACCACACCCAGAAUUUUUUUUUUCGUAAGCUCGGUUGUCUGCGCAAAACGCUGUAGCGACCUUCGAACCAUUUUUUUCGUUAUUUUUUUGUUUUUCAAAACAUUUUAUUUUUUUCUUUAUUAUCCCUAAAUUUUUUUGUUAAGAAUUAUUUUUGCUUGAUAUAAUUUUUCAAAAUUUCGUCAGAAUGUAAUAGAUCCCAGUUUCUAGACCCGUGCACGCGUCUAAUGACACAACUUGGCUCCCCAAUUGUUCAAGAGUCAAACGCUGUAAUAACGAUAACUGAUGAGAAGAUCGUUGGAGUUGCCGCCGACUUUUAUGACUUUAUCGGUUACUCUCUGGAGCAGUUAGGCCACGGUUCAGGAAUCCCCAUUUCCCUAGUUGACCUCACCUGGCUUAUGAAGUUCGUUCAAAACUUUGUUGUUUUUUACCAGUAGUCUCACAAAAACAGUAUUUAUCAUAAAUUUGGAACUUACUGAUUAAUAUUAAAUACUUGAGGUUCAUUCGCCAUGACUUGGAACGGCCUGGUUUUUCUGCGCUCUCCUUUUCAAUUUUGCGGAAGUUACUCUGAACACGGCAUCAGCAACGCUCGUUUUUCAUGUUUCUGUGGCCACACCGGUUAAGAGAAAAGAGACGCAGGCAGAUCAGACUCUUUCCAGUUUUCGUGAAUGAAAUAUGCAGACCAAAAAAAAACGAAAAUGAAAGCCCUCUUUUCACAGAUACCUACUACGGAUGAGGCUGUACGUAGUCAUGUCCCGAGCUCCUGUCCCGGCCCCUGCAGCAGCUGACUAUAUUGCGUACUCACCGAUAUGCAUGCCUCGUCCACUCGCCACAGUCAUCAACAACAUCGGCAUGUGCACAGUGUGCGAAGGGGCCGUCAAUUUGAUUCCUUGUGCCCAGCAAGGUCCCAUCGAACAAGACCCAUCGUUUGAUUCAAGCCUCUUUCGUGUCUUGUCCAGUUUCGAAGAGCUCUCCUAUUUGCUUCUGAGAGUCCAUGGAAUGCCGUUGAUUCCUGUUUCUCCAGAUCCUCGAGGCAAUACCUAUUGGGCGUUGGUAGUAGAGAGAGGAGAUUAUUUAAUUCCCACUCGCGAGUGUCACACUCUUCGAGUUCGGAUGAGUUUCCGUGAAGUAUUGCCCAUGGAUCAGCUUCUCGCUUGUGUCACUCUCCUUGGACCCGACAUAGAUUUUGUUAACAACUCACGAAGUUUGUUCUAUGGUUAUUUCUAUAACGAUUGGCCCACCCGAAGAGCUCGCUUUUAUACCGAAGCUUGAUCGUGGCUUCUCUAUUGUCUAACUCAUAUCUUCUAAUUGUACUUAUUUAUCACUCAAAACUUUGUAAUUAUUUUUUUAUUAUUGAUUCUUGUUAAAUAAAUGUAUUUUUUUCGCUGUUGGCUUUUUUCUUUCUAUGCUCCGACAAUAAAAAAAUGAAUUAGAAAAUUUUUUUUCUCGAUACGAAACUUUUACUGGUAAAGAAAAAUUAUUACGACUCGAAAAAGUGCGCUAAAAAUUGGGCAACUACCGCAGCGAAUUCGGGCGAAGUCGGAAUGUUCGAUAAUGGCCGUUAAAAGAAAGAUUUUAAAAAAAAGGGCAGCAAAACAAGCCCUUUUAUCGAGACUUUUAUUCUUUCUAAAAUGACUUAAAAAUGGUGCAUGCAACAUGGCGCAAAAGUACUGCAAAAAGUUGCCUUUGUAAACUUAAAAAAAAUUUCUAUGAAGCCUUUUUUGACCAUUCAGACUUUGCCUUUGAAAAAAAAGAGCCUUUUCUGAAUUUUCAUUUCAAACACGUUCGCAGAGAACUUUCGGAAAUGAAACUUUUCAUUCAAUUAUUUCUUCUUAGUUUUUGUGAAUCUUUUUAUUGAAGUUUUGCGUUUAAAUAUUUUUCUUCUACACUAUCAGAAAAUUUCCUAGCUACAACAUUUUGUAAACUGUUCUGAAUUCUAGACCCGUAUGAGCCUAUCAUCGAAGAUUUCCAUCAACCUACCCUGGUUCCAUGGACGACGGAUAUUCGAAUAACUAUACCGGAUGAACGGAUUAACGGCUUUUCCAACGACCUGUAUGCCAGUUUGUGUGACAUCAUCGAUUACAAGGCGAUCAACCAGAGGGACUUUUGCUGGUUCAUCACGUUCGUUCCAGAUUUUCAUUUGAAACGUUUCAAAUUUGCCGGUUUUGUUUCAUUUUAUGUCGAGAAGGAAGUUGAUUCCGUAUUAACAGUGAUUUUCGAAAAAUUCAAAAUUUUGUUCUCUUUUCCACUCUCUGACGUCUAUUUUUAAUUUUGCGGAAUCACUUUUUACACGGUAUAAGUUUGAUUUGCGGCUUGGAUCUUUUCUGAAAAUCCGCCAGAAUAAGUUUUGAUUUACUAGAGAGGAAACUUGAAAGUAUCAAGAACUUUAAAGUUUCCUUUUUCAAAAGAAAAACAAAUUUCUUUGAAUUAGUUCUUAGAAGCUUACUUUUUGACUGAGGAUGCCCUUCGAAUCGGCAAAUCUGAACAUUUUUUUUCCGUUUGUGGGUCCAAAUCAGUGAGACUUUUCACAAGCGCAUAAUUUUCAAGAUACCACUGGAAUUCGUUUUAGUAGUGGUAUUUAAAACGAAUGAUUAAUUUUUUUUUUUUUCUAGUUUAGGCUUUAAUGUGUUCGUAAACUGAACACAUUUCGAAAAAAGUACCGUUUUACAAGCUUUUGGGAGGUAAUCUUUGAAAAAAAAAAAGAAUUUUGGAUUAAAAAUGCUCUUUCCUGGAAAGUGUUGAAGUACACUAGAAGCAAGUCUCAUCAAAGUUUCAUCCGACCAUAAAAAUACUUUCCUUCUUGAAAAUUUCGAAUUUAUUGUGCUGACAUGCAAAUAACUUUGUCUCACUGUUUUCGACCCACGAUUUUUAAUCAAAGCCUUAUGACUCAAAGUUCGACUUUAAGGCACAUUUUACGCUCGAGGCUGCAAAUAAUCUCGGUAGCAAUGGCAAGCGAAAAACCCAUCACCGAGAACAGAUUCCCGAGAAUUCGUCUGAUCCGUCCACUAGCCAGAGUCAUCAACAACAUCGGCGUGUGCAAGGUUUGCGACGGAGCCGUCCGAUUGAUUCCGGUCGCCCAGCACGCGCCGCACCAAACUGAAGAAGGCUACACGCCCGUAGCUUAUAAAAUCCGCCACCGUUUCAACCAAUUCAUUGACCUGAUCACCCAUCGGCAUGAUAUCCCAACGGAAAGUAUCUCGAUGGCGGCUCAAGGCACGCCCUUCUGGGCUCUGCUCGUUGAAGGCGAAGACUCGCCCAAACCUAUCCACACGGGACCCGCAGCGGCUCAAAAAAUUCGAGUCGUUUCCUCCUUCAAGGAAUGGACUCGCUAUGAUCAGCUCCUCGCCUGCGUUUCUCUCAUCUACCCGGACUCCGAUCCAGUCAACGAACAUCGGCGUAUGUACGCUGGACAAUCACUUCCCGAUUGGCCGACUCGUCGACAGGCGUUUUAUACGGAAAAUAAACUGAAACAUACUGAAACGAUUACUCUAGAUUAAGCUGGAAAUUGCUUGAAAACCAGAGCUGAGGCUGAUGGCCGAAUCGGUCCACGGGAAUUUUUUUAUCUUUUUUUAAAUUUAACAUCACAUAACUUUUUGUAAAUAGUACUUUUUCGAUCACACGCUCUGUGAAAAUUUCGAAAUGAAAAUAUUGGAAAAGUGGCAAAUUGUCGACCGCUUUGCAACGCUAUGACCCAGAACACAGCUCUGCUGAAAAGUGGCCAGAAUGCUCCUCGAUUCACUAGAUAAAGGCUCUAAAAGUCUCAACUUGAGAAAUUUUCUAUCCUCUUGAAAAAGUGUCUCCCAGUCAUAAAAAACCAACAAAAUCCGUCGAAAUGAGCUAUUUGGAAUCUGUGAGUCCACAUAACUCGAAAGUUCAAAAUUUACAAAGCCUGAGACUUUUGAAGCCUUCAUCUGGUACCUUAUGGAGCAAUCUGACCAAUUUUCAGGAAAUUCUCAUCCGUGAAAUUAUUUCCCUUGUCAUUUAUUUCUGUACUUUGUAAACUUAUUUGUAUCCUUGAUUAUUAUUGGUUGAUGGCAAUUCGUGUUGUUCUUCCUGUAUUUUGACAAUAAAUCUGAAGUUUGAACAUUUCUUUGACGGUGAACAAUCAGAUUCAAGAGUUAACGGAUUUUCAAUGGUUUUUUGUUGAUUGAUUGUUUUCUCGUGUGAAGUUCAUUAAGGCACUUUUUGAUUUUAUAUUUUUUCAACAAUUGAUAUACGUCUAGAUCCUAGCGAAGAUCCUUGCGCUGAAAUAUGUUCCGAAUUCGAAGAAAUUUCGAAAACCCAUAGAAAUUUUGUGCGUAAGAACUUUGAAAAAGUGAAAUCCGGGUCGCCCAUUUCUAGGAUCUAAAUUCAAACUUCAUUUCAACGAAAAUACACACAAAUGCAAUUUUUGGCCCUUUUUAGGAUCUAGAAUUUGAUUGAAAAGUACAAAUCAUUCAGAGAAGUUUGAGGCUCUUUUUUUCAAAAAUAAAUUUACAAAAUUAUCCGAAAUUUCCAUCUUAAAAUUUUUCGAUUUUUUUCGGUCAAUUUUCAUAAAAAAAUAAUCCUUUUUUUACGGAAAAAGUCCAAAGUUCCUCAAAAAGAAGAGCCUAGAGCUCCGUUCUGAGUUCCUAAAAAGGUGUCAAAUUUUUUCUCGAGAUCUCCUUAUUUUCUUCUGAAAAGGUCCUUUUCUGAGAAAGAUCGACAAAAAGAAAGUUCUUUUUAGGUCCUUUUGGAAUUUGUCCGUGUGGUUUGAAAAAUAAUCUGAAAUAAAGUUUUUCUUCGCGUUUAGAAAGGAUCCUGAUCAAUUUUUCGUUUUUCGUUAUGAUUCUAUGUUCAGGAGUGGUCGAUUAUCCAUUGAAGGCGUCAAAAUUCAGCAAUGUGACUCAUUUGAGCAUCUGGGUUGAGAAGAAUUUCGGCGACGACGUCACGCGCGUCUACUACAUCGGCCUGCGGGGAGAGUUUCAGCACGAAUUCCGCCAGAGGGUUCGUAGCUUUAUUUUGAGGGAAUAACUGGAAAAAUUAUGGGCGCGCCGUAGCGCAACAGGUUGUGUUCCUUUCUACGGUCCACAGGGUCACAAGUUCGAUCCCCGACCCAACCAAGGGGUUUAAGAAAUGUUGGUAGUGGGAAACCACGACUUCAAAAUCCCGGAUAUGUCACUAGAGCCAGUUCACUGAUAAUCAGGAUAGGACCUCGGCUAAUCGACUUGGGGCGCCGACGCCGCUCAAGCGGUACAAAGUCGUAAGAAGAAGAAGAAGAAGAACUGUAAAAAUUAUCCGGGAAGAGCUAUCAUGAAAUAAGAGUAAGACAUUUUUCAAACUUUGGAGUCUUUCCAACUUCUUUGUAUGUCCGAAGAGGAUUUUGUGCAUCAACCCUUGUCCCAUUGAAAUCGGCAUUGCUUUGACUUUUUCGCGAAAUUCUCAAAUUCCCAGCGCCAAGUUUGAAUUUGAACUGUAGCGAAGAGAAUGAAAGGAAUUUGAAUUGAUUCGGCUUUUUGAGCGAGUAUAGUCUCUAAUUACCAGAUUGACAUAAAAAAGUUUAUACAUUUAGAAACAAAAUCUUUUUCUUGAAAUGUAUGAAAAAAAUACCCUUUUCGGUUUUUUUAUCACGUCUUUUUGAGAUAAAAAAACUUUCUGACCUCAAAUUUGUGAACUUUUUACGAUUGAGUUUAUUAUUAGCGUCAAUUUUGACUGGGUACAAAAGGAAAGAAAGAAAUUGAACUUGUCUUUUUGAGCUAAUAUAGUCUCUAAUGGAACAUAAAGAAGCGUUUCAUUUGAAUAUUCAGCGUGGUCUACUCCUGUAGUCAACUUUUUGGCUCUGCUGGACGACCAAAUUUUUUUUUUCAAAAUAAGACUUUUUUUUGAACUUACUCUGCAUCAUCGCUUCACAAACUUGUCGUUUGACGUUCACCGUACUGAUAAUUUUACUCGGAACUGAAACGCUAAAGAUCAAGUGCAAAAAAUGAUCAACACCAACCUGUCAGCGAACCAAAGGAUGGUGGGCGGUGUGGCGGAGCUGCCUGGCUUCUUGGCAUUGGUGUAGAACUUUCUGAAAAUGACGAUUUAAAAAGAAAAUAAUUAAUAAAAGUUCCAAAAUUCUGUUAUCUUCUUCACCCUCUUACUGCUCUUCUAAAUUUCGCGGAAUCAUUUUGAAAUCGCAUUUAGAAGCUCUGUAAAAAGUUCCUUUGAUAGCUUAGGAUCCCUCUUUUCUAAAAAAGGAAAAACUUGAAACAAAUUCAAAAAAGAGAGACUCUGGUCAAACUUUGGAGCGUCGCCUUUCCAACUUCUUUGAAUGCCCGGAGAGGAUCUUUUGCCCCAACCUUUGUCCCAUUGAAUUCGGCAUCGCUUUGACUUUUUUCGCAAAAGUCUCAAAUUUCCAGCGCCAAGUUUGAAUUUGAACCGUAGUGAAGAGAAAGAAAGAAAUUAAAAAGGAAGAAUAGUCGUGUUUUGAGUCUAAUUAACAACAUGGCAUUAGAGAAAAAUGUUAUAAAAAUUGGGAAAAAUAUGGUUUUAUUGAAAUAUUAAAAAAAAAAUUCCUCUUUUGCCGGUUACCACGUCUUUUUGGAGGUAAAAAAAAAACUUUUUGAGCUUAAUUUUGUGAACUUUUUGCGAUUGAUAUCAUUUUUUGCGUCAAUUUUGAAUUUGAAAUGGUGCAAAAAGAAAGAAAUAAACUGGACUUUUCUUUUUGAGCUAGUAUAGUCUUUAACAACCGGCAUAACAUUAGAAAAAAAUUCUGAAAUUUGGCAAAAACGGGUUUUUCCUGAAACAUAUUAAAAAUUACGCUUUUUGGCUUGUUUUGACGCCGUUCUAACCUUUUUUUCAAAAAAAAUUUUUCUCGACUCAUUUUUUAUAAAUUUUUAGGGUCAAGUUUGGGUUUGAACUGUAAGAGAGAGAGAGAAAGAAAUUGAACUUGAGUCCGGUUUUUGAGAUAAUAUAUUCUCUAAUAACCGAUAUGUCAUUAGAAAAAAAUUUGACAUUUGAGAAAUUAAGGACUUUCCUUGAAAUAGCUCACGAUUCCCUCUUUUUUUUUUUUUUACUCUGGUUCAAGUUUUUUUCAGAACCUUUUACGUUGCUCCCUAUAUGGACUACUGUUGUGAGUUGUUCAGUCCCCCCUAGCUUCAGAACUAUCUUACACCCUCGAAAAACAUCUUCCGUCAAUUUACUCGCCAAACAUUCAUGAGAUCAAACAUUAGGUUUUUCUAGUUAUGAAGACAGGUUAGCUCAGAUUAACACAAACUCUUUUUUUAGAAGACGAGUCGAAUUUUUGUCUAAGAACACUACAUAAAAUCUAUAUUAAGGAGAGUCAUUUGCCAGUUUCUCACAGUGUUUUUCAGGAGAUCAAAUUCGGUACGUGCUCCAUCACGUCUUAUCAGAGUAGGGAUUCGUUUCGAAAAUUUCUUUGAGACGUUCAUCCCUCUUUGGAAUAAACUGGCUACAUUGGGAAACCUCAAUGUUUCUCCAGAUCGUUUCAGGUCUUUGUUACUAUCCCUCGAUAACAAUUUCCUUUUUGGAUCUAUUCCCAGCAGACUCCGUUGAACCAGGUACCCGUGCUUUAGCCCUACUCUAAUCCAUCUUAUGCGCGUCUAUAUCAUUACAAACAAUUAAAUUCCCCAUUCACCUGUGCUACACUGUGUCAUAACUUAUAAUGCUUUCUUUUACCAUUCACUUAUUUUUUACCUUUGCGCAAUCCUCACCUCUUAUUCUUUCAUUACUGGCUCAGAGGCUCGUGAGGGCCUCAAGUGCCUUUUAUUUAUUUAUUUCAGGCUUAAUGCCAAAUUUUUUUCUCUUUUUCUGUACAUGUUAUUUUGUUCUGCCUGUAAAUAAAUAAUAUUAUAUAAAAACCUUUUUUUGACUGAUGAAGGCAAGAAACAAAAAAAAAAUAAAAAAGUUUUUUUUUGGCUUUGUGAAGUUCUUUGACUUAGUUGUUAGACUUAAAGAAUUCUCACCUUUAUUAUAAUUCUUUACUGCUUUUUCGACCCCUUUCCUAAUCCAAAAUCUCUUAUAAGCCAACCCAUAUAACGUCAACGGUCACGAUACGCUCCUCGGCUGGAAAUGAAAAUUGCAUGUUGCCCCACGGCUUGUCGCACAACAUAUCCAUUUCUGAAAAGGCAGUCGUUUUUCACCGCGAAAUCGGACGUCUUUCCGCGCUUUUGAACUGCGCCGACACGGGAUAUUACGAGCGAACGACGUUUUUCGCUACCCAUUUUAUGAUCUUUUCAGUUGUAAAAUAUUGAAAAGAAGAAAAAGUCUUUUCGAUAGAAAGUCGGUGAUUUGAGAUGAUGAGGUUGAAAAUAUGACUUCUUGAAGCUGAGUGAGCUCAUUUUACCUCUCGGUUCGGAAUUUCUCGAAAAUAGGACAGAAUAUACCAAAAUUUAUGAUCUACAAACAAAGUAUGUAUUAAAAAGAUUCUGAAAGCCUCAAGAUGUGAAAGUCUCUUUUUUCGAGAAAGCUUAAAGUCGGAAAGUCCGACAGAGGAAAGCUCAGAGUCGGAAAAUUCCCUAUUUUUACGCUUUUUGAUGUUUUUUUAGACUUCGUCUCUUUAUAUUACGAAAAAUAGGCUUAUAAGCAUGCUAAAAAACUUCCUCUGGCACAUGAAAGAGAGUACAUUGACCGAAAUUCAAGGAACCGUGAGAAAUUUCUCCCCUUUUUUCUUUUCUGUGAUAAGAAGCUCGAUUUUACCGAUUCAUCGUCCAGGCCCUUUAACAAGCUUUUAAUAAAAUUCCAAGCUUCACCCUCCCUUUCAUUUUUGACCUACGAUAAGCUAAAAUGUUGAUCAAAGUGGCCGGCUGUAUAGUUGAUCCCUGAUGAAUCGGGGUGGCGUUAAUCUAUGCGAUGCAACAACUGGCGGCGCCCCGAUUGAAAAACGAUCGAGCUUCGCCAAGUUUUGGCUGUAAACUGAAAUUUCCUGGACUUUUAGUGAUUUCUUCGAUUUUUGAACAAUUAUACUGAGGAAAAUUUGAGUGGCCACUAUAAGAUUUUGAUGUUUUAGUGGCCACUAUAGUAUUCAAUAUAGUGGUCACUUAAGGGGUUGAUAAUUAGUGGCCACUAUAGAAGUCUUAGAGCUGCUACUAGACUAUUAAACAUUUCAGUGGCCACUUUAGGGGUCAAUGGGUCAACAUAACUGGUCCAAUCUGUUUGUUUUAAAAUGAUCAGAGUGGAAGGAAUACUGGAUGAAAAACUACUAAAGUGGCCACUAAAUAGAGAACCUCUAUAGUGGCCAAUAAAACGGAAAAUUGUGGCCACUAUAUAGUUGGGAGUGGCCACUUUAGUGUCCUCUCCAAGUAGUCCUUGGCGAGCCUCUAUAGUGGCCACUAAAAUUUUUCGCAGCAAGUUCCAAUUUCAGUAGGUUUUGCUGACUUGUACUUAUGAAAACUCGAUAGAAGAAGUUGUCGGACUAUAAAAAUGGUCUCCCCAUGUAUGUACACGGAAAAAAAAUGUGAUAGAAUAACCAGUAGGGGAAGUUAGUCUGCUCUAAAAGAUAUUAAAAAAAAAAAAAUUUGAAAUUUGAAAAAGCCACUUGAAAGGUAGAGUUUCUGCAGGUUGCCAUUGCGACUUACGAAGCUCGGGCUCAGAUGCAAGAUCACAAGGGCGAGAUUCCCGACGCCGUUCAGCGUUCGCUUUUCUGAGGAGAAGUUCAAUUUUCUAAUUGUGAGUUUGAAAAAACUCUUAGAUUUCAAGCAAAUUUGUGACCUUUGUUUAUAGGAAAAGGCAUAAAAAACUUUCUCAGUUGAUUUUUUCUUCUGAGUUUUCUCUAAGGGCAUGACACCACUUCUAAUUGGGUGAUUAUUCAUUUUUUUGGCAUUGAAUGAAUAAUUAAGGGCUUUUAAUGAGAUCAAUUUGAUUAAAAAGACGUGUAAGUUGUAGUCAGAUUUUUUUAAUUGGUGGAAUUUUUAUAAGAAUUAGAACUUUAUUUUUCACCCAACUUCAUGGUUUUCUAUAGAAAAAGGUCAAAAAUUCAGAAAAAGGAAAAAAAGGCCGAAAUCUGUCCUCAAUAGUCGUAGAAAUAUCUGAAAAAUCAAAAGUCUUCAUUUUCAGGUCCCGAGUGGCUUCCAACCAACAAUAAAUCAAUGA